ACUACAUGACAAUUGUUAGAAUAUCAUGGCUGGUGUAGCGCAUAGACUAGUUCGGCGGCCAAAUUGGAUUAAUCUUACUCAGCAAAGAAGAUGCAACUCAGCUGGAUAUUAUGUCCUACUUCCGGAGGUUCCUCCAGAUACAGCGAGCGAUAAUGCGGUAAUGAGACAUGAAGAGCACCCUCAGUUUCGACAAAUAAAUCCUGACAAAAUUAUUACUGGAUGCUCCAAGCUCGCCAUUCAAUAUGAUGUGCAAUUAGGACAACAUAUUGAAUCAUUGAAAAAUUCCGAGUCCGCCUUAUCAUUCGAAGCAAUAUUUCAUCCAAUUGAAAAAAUGUAUCAUCCUAUGAAUACUGCUUGGCGAACUGCUAAAAAUCUUAACUACACAUGCGGAGGACCGUACAGAACAGCUUUCCAAAGAAUUCAUCCACAAGUAGAGAGAGCAAAAAAUGAAAGAUGGAUCAGUGAAGAUUUGUUCAAGAUCGUUAAAAAUGCGAAAAACUUACCAAAUCUAACCGAAGCACAAAGAAGUUUAAUCGAUAUGUAUUUAAUGGAAGGAAAACUAAAUGGCAUCGAAUUGACUGGAGUUGAUAAACGAUCAUUUAUUGAAACAUUAGGAAAAUUAGUUGAUAGCAAGAAUCAUUUUAGAAAUCGUGUCAUGUUAAGCACUAAUAUAUUUUCUCAUCUAAUUCACGACUUUAACGAUGUUACUGAAAUGCCACAACAUGUUGCUGCCAAUUUAGCACAAGACCGUCUCCGACCUCAACAUGGUCCGUGGAGAGUAACACUCCAGCAGCAUAGUGUAGACGCAGUUUUAAAAUACUGUCCUAACAGGACCACCCGAUGGAAUAUCUGGUACGCUUAUAAUAAUAGAGCCUCCAUAAGCCAAGAUGAUCAAAAUUUGAGUAAUCAUAAUAUUAUAAAAGAUUUAAGGCAAUCUAGAUUAGAUUUGUCUAAUUUACUUGGCUUUGAAAAUUUCGCCCAUAUGUCUAUGCAAACAAAAAUGGCCGGAAACGUUAAAAAUGUUUUACAUAUGAUAGAAUCGUUUAGAACACGAUUAGGUCCUAUUUUGAAAAAACAAAUAGAGGAUUUAAAAGCGCUAGCUGCAGAGGAUGGUGUAAAAGAUCUAAAGCCUUGGGAUGUAUACUAUUAUAGACGAAAACUAGCUGAUCAACUAUUUAAAGUUGAUGAUGCCAUUAUCGCACAGUAUUUCCCCUUCGAAACUGUUCUCGAUAGAAUAUUCGAGUUCAUAGGUAAAGCUUUCAACAUACAAAUUGUCGAGUGCACAGGGAAAGUUGAUAGCUGGAAUUCAGAAGUAAGGUAUUUUAAAAUCAUUGAUUGUGAUACCCAAAACGAACUGGCCUCAUUCUAUGCUGAUUUUUGGAAAAGAAACAAUAAGAUAAAAGGUGCUUGGAUGGAAGUAGGUAGAGAGUAUAGCUCAUUACUGAAUUGUAAGCCAUAUAGCUACUUGAAUAUGUCGAUUAACAAGCCUUCGUCGCAUCCUUACGCUUUACUUACACUAAACGAUGUUCAGACUCUAAUGUUUGAACUUGGGCAUGGCCUUCAACAGUUAUUAACGACUGCUGAAGUAAGCGAGCUAGCCGGCCAGAGAAAUAUCGAGUGGGAUGCUGUUCAAGCAAUUCCACUAUUGUUUUCCAAACUAUUACAUACACCUUAUUGUUUGAGUCAAUUCUCUUGUCAUCAUACCACUAAGGAAAGACUUCCGGAAGAAUAUAUCCAAGCUAUAAUUGGACGUCAGAAUCACUUUUCUUCGUUGGAUUUAAUGAGACAGUUAUACUUAUCAGCUUUCGAUCUUGAAAUGAAUAUUGGUAAUGAUCAUUGGUAUACAACAAUGAAACGUUUAUGGAAUGAAUUCAUGCCUAUGCCACAUCACGAUGAUGAUAAUCAUCCUUGUUGGAUGACUUCAAUAUUUUCAGACUUCCACUCUGCAGCCUACUAUUCUUUCGUUUGGUCUGAUAUGAUGGCUGCCGAUUUGAAGAGUUCAUUUAUGGAAGGUGAGGGACUAGAAAAUGAACAACAUUUAAGAAAUGUUGGAAUGAGGCUACGAAACACCCUAUUGUCGAUGGGGGGAUCAAUUUCAGCGAGCGAAGUGUUUAGAAGAUUUCAAGGAAGAGAUCCAAGCCACGAGCACUUAUUAAAUGACAUUAUAAGAGACUAA